AUGAUUUCCUGCCACUUCGGUGUUUUGCUUUGCCUUCUUUUGCUUGCAUCUCCCAUUGCAAGGGCUUCAGUUUUCUUAAGGCACAAGGAAGCCAGCAACCUCUUACAAAGAUCUAGGAGAGCCAAUUAUUUCUUAGAGGAGCUUAAGGCAGGAUCACUUGAGCGGGAAUGCCAAGAAGAGAAAUGUUCAUGGGAGGAAGCAAGAGAAAUCUUCCAAGAUGAUUUGAGGACCGUAAAAUUCUGGGCAAUUUAUACAGAUCCUGAUCAGUGUGACUCCAACCCUUGUCAGAACGGUGGGACCUGCAUUGAUAGAUAUCAAGACUAUUUUUGCAUUUGUUCUCCAAAACAUGAAGGCAGAAACUGUGAAAUAGGACCAGAAAGCAAGUUGAAAUGCUUUUUUAAAAAUGGCAAUUGUGAGCAGUUUUGUGUAGAUUCCCCAACCACAUUAAGGCAGUGCUUUUGUGCAGAGGGAUACAGGCUAGCAAGUGACCAAAUUUCAUGCAUUGCAGAAGUUGAUUAUCCCUGUGGGAAAAUACCUGUUCUCGCAGAAAGGCCAAAUCGACAAGGAAGAAUCAUAGGUGGUUAUGACUGUCCUCCAGGCGAAUGUCCAUGGCAAGCUCUCAUAAUACACAAUGGAAAUGAAAAAUGUGGAGGUGUUCUGGUUGCUCCAUCCUGGAUCAUUUCAGCAGCCCACUGCUUUCAUCUUGUCCACCGACAAAAUCUCAGGAUAAGGCUUGGUGAAUACAAUAUAAAUCGGAGAGAUGAAGGCGAACAAGAAAGAAGAGUUGCUGAACUUAUAAUCCAUGAAAAGUAUUCUUCCAAAACCGUUGACAAUGACAUUGCCUUGCUGCGAUUAUCAGCCCCAGUCAACUUCUCUGAGUAUGUGGUGCCCAUCUGCUUGCCCCCUCCACGGUUUGCAGCAGACAUAUUGAACUAUGUUGAAUUCUCCACAGUGAGUGGGUGGGGGCGUCUCUUGGAAGGCGGGGCUACUUCAGCACUUCUUAUGCGAGUGGAAAUCCCCAAAAUACACAAAAAGGAAUGCAUUUUGCACACUACACUCAAUAUUACCAACAACAUGUUCUGUGCAGGUUAUCUCGAUGGAAGUAAAGAUUCUUGUGAAGGUGACAGUGGUGGACCACAUGUCACUGAAUACAAAAAUACUUGGUAUCUGACAGGAAUUGUGAGCUGGGGUAAAGGGUGUGCUUCGUUAGGAACAUAUGGAGUUUAUACAAAAGUUAUAAGAUACUAUCAGUGGCUAAUUAAUCAUAUAGAUUCCUAA